AUAUGGAGAGCGAGCUCCAGCCUUCUCGCCUUUCUCGGUGUUCCAUGCUCUUAAGCCAUAAGCUGCUCCCACCCACAAGCUCUCUCUUCCUCUCUGCUGUCUCUCUCGCCUGGCUUCCAUUCAGAGAUUGUGCUGUGGUGCGAGAGAGAUGAUGUCGAGGGAGCGCAAGAAAGCGGCAGCUCUGCAGGAGAAGCUGCAACUCCUUCGCUCUCUCACCCACUCCCAUGCUCUGAGCAACACGUCCAUAAUCAUGGACGCCUCCAAGUACAUCAAGGAGCUGAAGCAGAAGGUGGUGAUGCUGAAUCAGGAGAUCGCUUGCGCGGCGCAAGACUCGCGCAGCAGACAGACCUCCUACCCGACGGUGAACGUUGAAACCCUAGGACACGGGUCGUUCCUCGUCAAUGUAUUGUCAGACAAGAGCUGCCCGGGGCUUCUGGUUUCCAUCCUCGAGGCCUUGGACGAGUUGGGCCUCAGCGUCCUCCAAGCCACGGCCACUUGCGCGGAUACUUUCCGCCUAGAAGCCAUAGGAGGGGAGAACCUGAUGGAGAACGUGGAUGAGCACGUCCUGAAGCAGGCCGUGCUGCGGGCCUGCUCCUCGCACAGCGGCGGCGGCAACAAGCAAACAUAGCGCAAGCUAGCAGAUCCCCGCCCUCGCCCUCGUCCGUCAAGCAUCUCAAUAACAUAUAUUGCUUAAUCUGGUCUAUUGACUCUCUCUUAUAUAUCUCCCUACCGUGUUCGUCUCCGGUGAUCGUUGAAUGAUGAGAUGCCUAUUCUCGGUCGAGUAAUGUUGUUAGUCAUGAUGCAUGCAAGGCGGGGCAUAAUAUGACCACGCAUGCAUGAUUAAGGCCUUGAUCAUGUAACACAUGCAUGUGCUGUGAGGUCUGGAAGCUAAGAGCUAAACGGUUGGGGCCUUGUGUCGUAGUACGUAUCAUAUAUGUACUCUUUCUCCAACAACAACAACAAAAAAAGAGCAGGA